CAUCGCGUCAACAUUAAGAAACUGCUGUUCAUUCUCAUUUAUGAUAUUUUUCUCGAUUCAUUUCGAUAUAACGAUUAAAUAUUCUAAGAAAGUAUUAAAGUGUUAAUGCUAGUGUCAGUGUAUUUUGUAUUUUAACUAUUUAAUUGUACAAGAUGAAGGCAUUUCCAGUGUUGAGGAACUGAAGAGUGUUAUGAUUUUUUCAUAAUGUGUUGAGGCGUAGGGAGAAUGCGGAAGAGUGCGAAUUCUCCGCAUUUGUGACGGCAGACGGCUCGAAUGCGUCGCGGAAGUGUAUAUAGUGUUUGCGAGGGUGUGGAGAGGUGUACUUGCACCAGGUAGCAGGGGCGCGGGCGGGGGUGCGGGUGUGGGUGCGGGUGCGGGUGCGGCUGCGAUUGCGGCCAUGGCGGGCUGAUGGAAGCAGGCUGGUGGUCUCCGUCGCCGUCGGCAUCGCCGCCGCCGCCGCCCCGCGCCCCGCCGCGCUGCCGCUGUCGACCACUCUCCAAUAGCUAUAACUGCUUACCUCAUUACGAUGUCGAAGAUGAGUCGACCGGUGGAGCGCUCCGUGAACGUGAAUUGCGAUCAUUGCACCGCACAGUGCCCGCACUGCGACGUCGGGAACUUGACACUCGGGCCAUCAAGCAUCAUUUCUAUCCAGAGGGAGGUUGGGGUUGGAUCGUUUGCGGCGCCGCUUUCCUUGCUCACUUGCUAUCAACCGGACUACAGCUUGCUUAUGGCGCAUUGCACGUGUAUGCGAUACGACACCUCGGGCCCGCCGCUGAUCACGCCGUGUGGGCUGGCGCACUUUGUGUUGGAGUGUCACGAGCCGCUGGUGCCCUUGUAGCAGGGCGAAGGAAGUCUCCCCGCCUCGCAGCCCUAGUCGGUGGUUUGCUGUUACCCCUCGCCUGUCUCUUUACAUCAUUCGCCACUCAACUCCAUCAAACUCUUUUAAGCUACGGCGUAGUCCUCGGUGUUGGCUGCGGGCUUGUGAGAGAAGCGGCAGGAUUAGUUCUUGGAACUUAUUUCCGACGGCGAAGACAGUUUGUUGAGCUUGUAGCACACGCCGGGGGUGGAGUCGGCAUAGCGUUAUUUAGCGUUGCCUAUAAAGAAGCUGUUGGAAAGUUGGGAUGGCGAUUAGGACUUCAGGCAGUAACCGGUGUCCUUGUAUUGGCAUUUUUCCUAAGCACAGUUUAUCGAAGUGCCUCCCUCUACCACCCACAACGACGUGCCAUUUUACACCUCAAAAACCAACGUCGGAAGGUUAAGGAAAAGAAAACCCCUAAAAUUUCGCCUUUUAUCGAUUUAAGCCCUCUUCACUCACGAUCAGCAAAGGUAUUGUUAUUAGCUGCUGGGUUGGCAGCUUUUGGGCUUUAUACCCCCGUAUUUUUUCUUGCCUUGCAAGGAUUUCAAGAGGGUUUGGAAGAGAGUGCUUUAGUAUUGCUUCAGACUUUUUUGGGAUUCGCAGCAGUGCUCGGUUGUGCUGGCUUUGGGCUCGUACUUGUCCGACCGUCAGCACAAUGUCUCGUUUCUAAGCAAUAUUUGUGCCAAACUGCUAUGUUAGGUAUAGGUAUUUCAAUGCUCGCUCUGAGUAGUGUUGAAGGCUACCAUGGCUAUGUAUUAUUUACUUGGAUGUAUGGUCUGUGUCUUGGUGGAUUUUUGUAUUCAAUAAAAAUGCUUACAAUGGAACGGGUUCGGGGACGACAUUUUACAAAAGUUUGGAGUUACGUUCAAGGUGCGGAAGCGAUACCAGUUAUAGUUGGCGUGCCAAUGACGGGUUAUAUUAAUCAGCAAGCACCGAGAGCGGGAUUUUACUUUUCGACAGCGGCAACACUUGCUGGAGCUCUGUUAUUAUUUUUUGUUGGUUUCUCAAAACGAGACCCCGAACCCGCACCUGCCCCUGCACCAGCUAUUUCAGAGGCGUGUUUGUGUAUUACACCUCCACCAAGAUGUGAACCUGCAUGGUGUGCUUGUGGCGCUGGGGGUGCGACUGCUUACUGUGCAUGGCCUGGGCCCUGUACAACGCGUUUACCCAAGUCUCUUUCAUACGCCGCACCGUUGAAUCGCAGUUGUUGUUCAAUGGAGCGGUAUCCUGAGUGUUGUCGUCGUGCUGCUUUGUUGCGUCCAUCACGCAGUGUCCCAGAAGGUUUGGCGCGUCGUAGUAGCACAAUCAGUAGAUCCGCCUCUUGCAAGGCGCCUUGCCACCGCCGCGAACAUCACCUCAUCGAACAAAUUACAACUUCUGUAUAAUAUACCUAAAUAAAUUCUUAGAAUAUUUUGAGUGAUUACUGUAAUCGUUUUUAAAGUAGCAGAAUAUAAUGGUUGUAACAUAUGUGUAAAUACUUUCCCCGUAGAAAUUAUGUAAUAAAAGUAAAUGUGAUAGUUUAAUUAAUGUUUGAAGCAAUAACGAAAACCAAUAUAUUAAAUUUCUCUUAAAAUAUAUACAUGCGUGAAAACACACGGAAAAUUAAAAAAAAAAUCAAAGUUCCGAUAUUAUGUGCUAGGAUGGAAAUAUGAUGUAACAAAAAAAUUUAUAAAUCUAUUGAUCUUCAAAUUGUUAUAUCCACUAUUUAUCUCAAAUACUAAAACAUUGUAAAUUUUAAAAAUAGUUUUUAUAUAUCUAAUCUCCUUCUGGGAUUAAAUGUAGAUAUUGUUUGAUAUUAGAUCAGAUUUCCUCAUUCUUUAAAUAAAUGGGACCUUUUAAAUUGUAGAUUAAAUUCGUGUUUUCAAAAUUAAAGGAAAUAAUAAAAACCACUUUUUAUACUUCAAUUCCUAGUAAAUAUAUUUAAUUGGCUUCUUUAACUAUAACUUAAAAUUAUAAACAAGUCGAAAACGGUGUAUAUUAGUAUGAUCAAUAUUAGCGAUUUAAAAAUAUAU